AGUGGUUGGUGACCGCUCCGAUUUAUAUAUAUAUAUUGCGCUCGCAAGCUACUUCUGACAAUACUUCAACAGGUUUUGGCAUAGGUUUGUGCUUUGCUUCCACUACGAAAGACCUAUUGUAACGACAAAGCAGUGACAGUUUCUGCAAUGUUCAUCGAUAAAUUGACAAGCGUCCUUUCGCAGACUAGGUUUUACUCCGUGACACCUGCGGCGGCCACCGUUGCAUUAGCUGAGGUUCUGAUCACGGUGUCACUUUGUGUACUUUUCUAUGACAGUGGCUCUAGUUCUGCGUUCCCAAGAACGAAACGUCUCUUCCACAUGCUUAUCAUAUAUGCUGUUAACAGGUGCUUGUUGACGUUACUGGUUGUCAUUGCGGAGCUCAGUGUGAACGUCGAUCAACAAGAUGCAUGGGCGAUGGGAUUGAAUUUCAUCGUUGGAAAGCUAUAUGCCAACUCGCUUCUAGCAUCGCUGAACACCCGGCAAUACCUUCGAUCCCAGGCUUCGGGUACCCUGUCCGAUCUACCUCCAGUACUGUCCACUUCACAAACCUGCCCGGCGUAGAGAGUUCAAAGAACGGAGCAAGGCGGUUCUGCGUAUGCGAAAGGCCUGUCUUCGAGGUUACCACGCACCCAACACUCGAUAAUGCUGCUGCGUCGCGGAGAGGGGCGGAAGUGCGAUACUAGUGGUCUCAUCCACCAUCUGCCCUUCUUCGCUGUAGGGUCAACCGGCGUGAUGCUGAUAUGAAAUAUCACUCCUAUGCACGAUCCCCUUCUUGCCUCGUGUGGCUAAAGGCUUCCAAUAUACGGUACAUGUACUUCGUCUUUAUGUUGUCUCUUCUUUUCCCCUCUUUCCUCUCACUUGCUCUG